CAGGAUGGGGCCGCCGCCGGGCUCCCCGCCGUCCUUGCUGCCCGCCGCAGCCCUCUGCCUCCUUUCCUGCCUCCUGUCUGCGCCUCGGAGCCACGCGUGCCCCGCGGGCUGUGUGUGCGCGGACUCCCAUACUGUGGACUGCCGGGCCCGAGGGCUGCCCAGCGUGCCGAGCGCCUUCCCCCUGGACGUGCGGAAGCUGCUGGUGGCCGACAACCGCAUCGAGGCCAUCCCGGCUGACUUCUUCAUCUUCUACGGGGACCUGGUGUACCUGGACUUCAGGAACAACUCUCUGAGCUCGCUGCAGGAGGGCGCCUUCAGCGGCUCCGCCAAGCUCAUCUUCCUGGACCUCAGCUACAACAACCUGACCGAGCUGGGCGCCGGCACCUUUCGCUCGGCCGGGAAGCUGCUCAAGCUCAGCUUGGCCAACAACCGCCUGGCUGGCGUGGACGAGGCCGCCUUCGAGAGCCUGGAGUCGCUCCAGGUGCUGGAGCUCAACGAUAAUGACCUCCGGAGCCUCAACGUGGCCGCCCUAGCCGCCCUGCCCUCCCUGCGGACCCUGCGCCUGGACGGCAACCCGUGGCUAUGUGACUGCGAGUUUGCUCAGCUCUUCUCCUGGCUCCAGGACAAUGCGUCCAAGCUGCCCAAGGGCCUCAGUGAAAUCCAGUGCUCCCUGCCCAUGGAAAACAGAAGGAUCUUUCUGCACGAGCUGUCCGAAGCCAGUUUUAGCGAGUGCAGAUUCAGCCUCUCCCUGACAGACCUCUUCAUCAUCAUCUUCUCGGGCGUGGCCGUGUCCAUAGCUGCCAUCAUCUCCAGCUUCUUCCUGGCCACUGUGGUCCAGUGCUUCCAGCGAUGUGCUCCCAACAAAGAUACAGAGGAUGAAGAUGAAGAGGAGGAUGACUGACCUGGGAAUUCCUCGUACUCUGUGUCCCAUCUCAGAAGCCCAUCUCAGAGAAAAGAAGGGAAAAUGGCGGCUACUGGAAAGUGUUGUUUGCCAUCAGAGCAAGGUCAAGAAGACCUUUCUCCCUCUUCUAGAGCUGGAGGUCUCAGACCCUGUUGGCGUGGCUUGGGGCCUUUGUUCUCAGGGCUUAGAAGUCAGCAGAAAGAGAGGGGUCCAGGGGAACCAUCCUUUUGUUGUCCAGCCUCUGAGAAAAGCCAUGCCCUGGGUUGGGUUGGCAAGGAGAGCAAAGGUCAAAGCAAGCUUCCUGUCUGAGGGUGAGGAGGCCCAGCCAGGAAAUUAGAGGACUCAUCGCCUUUGACUAGAAUGAUGAUUUGAGUCCAUUUGUUUCUCACUGACCUUACUGGGGUGUUGGCCACAGGGUGGGGCCAGACCCAAAUAUCCUCCAUCUCCCAAGUAACAGCUUGGGGUUCAAGCCCAGAGCCAGACUGACUAGAGAACUGUGACUUGGAGUCGUGAAGACCUGGGUUUGAAUCCUGCCUCAGACACUUACUAACCACAUGACCUGAGG